AUGAUCCUACGGCCAUCACCCGGCCACGUUCGGGCAGUGAUGCGUGCCGCCGGCAAGGUGCGGUCUCGUCCCCGCCCUGCCAGUGCCAUCACACCCCCCGUUCGCAGCUACUCUGUCUACUCGACCGUCUCCCACACCACCAGCAUCCGAGGUGCUUCCCGGCGAGGGUUCCAUUCAGCUACCGCUUCCGCCACCCGCACUGCUCGCAGCGGCUCCGCUCUCACCGCUUUGCUGAAGCGUGUCCUCUCCACAGCAACACGAGCGGUCCGUAUCGCACCACACCGCUUGAGCAGCCCACGAGCGCUCUUCUCCGUGCUGCAAAGUGCUCGAGCAUACAAGGUCCAGUCUCCGCUGCUCAGGGGAGCCAUCGACGCGUUCCGGUCCAGCGCACAGAACACGUCCAGAAACAGUACCGCAAAUGCGUAUGCGCAGUUUACCCGCGGCAGCGUCAGCUUUGCGAGGGGUACACUCAGCGGCCUCGGCGCGAGACCUGCAGCGGGACAGCUGGGUUUGUCCACCGUAAGAGGUGGGGUCGGACUGCAGACUGCGCGCAAAUUUUCGUCCGGCGGAGCGAGGGUGUUCGAUAAUUUGAUCGUCAAUGCUCCGCUUGCGUUGAGGUUGAUGGGCGACGAGGUGGAGGACAAGGCCAAAUUGGCCAAGAGGCAGUCGGCCGUGUCGACCAGACGUUCGCUCACAGCGUCAGCGGGUGCCAGGAGGACGGGCGCCACGUUUGGUGCGGCCAAUCUGCCACGCAACGCUCUGCUGUUCGCCACCCGCGAGACGGCGCCCGAGAAGAGCGGUGCUAGCAGCUCGAAGUCGGCGUCAGCACCUGAAAGCGAGACUGCAGAGUUCGACCUUUACUUCCAGUUCCCGCAGCUCAUCCUCCCCUCUCCCGCUGCCGCCGCAGCUGCAUGUGUAGUCACAAUCCGACUCAUCGACCCGCUCUACGACGCGCUCGGCGGCCGCCCCCCCACCGAACCCACCAACGCCGCACACCCACGCCUUUUCGACCAAGCGUUCCUCCUGGACGCACAGACUGCGUUGGAGUACGAGCAUCGGCGCUACUUGCGUGCGAAGGCGGUGCUGCGCGUGCUGUGGGAUGCGGGGCUGGCCGAAGAGGUGGAUCUGGCCGACGACGCCGUCUGGACAGUGCGGGUGCGUGGAAUGGCGCCGGACGAGGUCAGGGACAGAGUGAGGCGUGGCGUCGGGUUUGCUUUUGAUGCAUGGUGCAGGUUCGAUACGGUGGGACAGGAGGAUGGGGAGGAUGGACAGAGUGUAGGAUUGGAUCUGUCGAUCGCGAGCGUGUCGUCGGCGUCAGAGUCGUUCGCGCAGCUGCUUUCCACGCCCCAGCUGUCGAGUUUGGAGCCGACGCUGGAGGAUGCAUCCGUGGCAGACGUGGACGUCAUCUCGUUGCCCGACUCGGGUGCAUUGUCGUCCUCGUCGGCGUCCUCGUCGCUAUUUGAUUCGCGUACGUCCAUGUAA